AUGACCGACCAAAAGACCGCGCAGGUUUCUGCCAGUCAGAAAAACUCCCCGGGAGCUAGUAUAUUGGAGUCGGAUCAAGAAUCGCAACGAACUCAAGGCUAUGACAAUGGUACUUUUCAAGUCAAGGAGGGACAUGAAUACUACCGUCCAAUCGAUAGCUAUGAGGGAAUGCACCGCUGGGAUCCGGGUUUCGAAUGGACAGAGGAGGAAGAGAAGAACAUCGUCCGAAAGAUUGAUGCUCGUGUCUUGACAUUUGCCUGUGUGACAUUCUUCGCACUGCAACUUGAUCGAGGAAAUAUUAGUCAGGCUCUAGCAAGUACAUUUCUGGAAGAUCUAAGAAUGACCAGCAAUGACUAUAAUCUGGGCCAGACCAUAUUCCUAGUAUGCUUCCUUCUGGCUGAAAUGCCUUCCCAAUUAAUAUCCAAGAGGCUGGGUCCCGAUCGCUGGAUUCCUAUUCAGAUGGUUGUGUGGAGUAUCAUCGCAGCCUGUCAGGCCUUUCUCAAAGGACGAGGAUCGUUCCUGGCAACGCGUGCUUUGCUGGGACUUCUAGAAGGUGGCUUUAUCCCUGACACGGUCCUCUUCUUAUCGUUCUUUUACAAGUCCAACGAAUUGCCGAAGCGACUGGCUUGUUUUUGGAUCUCGGACACGCUGACGGGGAUUGUCGGUGCAUUUUUGGCCUUCGGUUUCCUUCACAUAAAAAACGCCGACGGCACGGGCGCAUGGCGAUACCUCUUCGCUUUCGAGGGCCUCAUUACGGGACUUGUCGGAAUUGUCGCUGUGUUCUGGAUGCCUGCCUCCCCAGUCCAAACCAAAGGAGGAUUGCGCGGGAAAGACGGGUGGUUCACGGAAUACGAAGAAAAGAUCAUUGUCAACCGAGUCAUUCGUGAUGAUCCUAGCAAGGGAACCAUGCAUAACAGACAAGCUGUCACGCCAAAGUUAUUGUGGCAGUCGUUACAAGACUAUCACAUGUGGCCGAUCUACAUUCUCGGAGUGAUCUGGUUAAUUCCCUCGACGCCGGCCACGAACUAUCUCACGUUGCAAUUGAAGGAGGUAGGAUUCGGGACCUUCGAAACGAAUUUGUUGACCAUUCCGGCUGCUGUUGUUUCGAUCAUUACUCUCAUCACUAUAACGUGGAUUGCUGAGCGAACAAACCAACGCUUGCUUUCGGGUGCCGCGGUCGAAGUGUGGAAUCUUGCUCUUCUGAUCGCAUUAGAGGUUCUACCUGCGAAGGCGCUGCCAUGGCCUAGAUUCGCGAUUCUGACUCUGCUCGUUGGAACCCCGAGUAUACAUCCGGUCCUUGUGGCUUUGACAUCACGAAAUGCGGGCUCUGUGCGAACUCGCACUAUAGCCACUGCAUUAUACAACAUGUCUGUGCAAAUCAGUGCCAUUGCUAGUGCUAAUGUCUAUCAAACCGACGAUAAGCCAUACUAUAAGCGUGGAAACAAGAUUUUGAUUGCUCUCGCCGUGAUUAGUCUGUUCUUGUUCGUUGGUUCGAAAUUAUACUAUGACUGGUGUAACAAACGGAAUGCAGAGAAAUGGAAUGUGAUGACAGGCGAGCAGAGAGAAAAUUAUCUACGUGAAACCCCCAUUAUGAAUAACAAGAGACUCGAUUUCCGCUUUUCCCAGUGA